GAUGAACGCCGCAGAAGACGACGACCUGAAACUGCAACGGGCGUCAGCUGCACUGCUGUCGGAUCUCCAAAUCCUUCUUCCCAAAAUUCUACGAAAACGAGAGCAUGACUCCACCCAUGCAGGCCGUCGACGGGUUAGAGAGAUCGACUUACAAAGAAUUUUUACCUUAGUCGAGCCCUUUCAGGAAGAUCCGCAAAUCCUUGACUCUCAUCUCAAGAACUUUCUUCCUCCACUGGUUGCUGCCUAUCUCGAGUCUCUCCACUUAUCUUCAAAGGUUAAGCCUAAGAAGCAUUUCGUUCCUUCAUCUCAUGCGAUAUGUCGAAUCUUGAACAUUUUCUGCAAAGUGAGAGGUGAAAAGGUCAUCAAGGGUUUCCUCAACAACGAACCUCGUUACCUGGAGCCGAUUCUCCAUGAGUUCGAGAUCGGUGAGAACUUUCCAAGGAAUGAUGACGAGUCAUUGUCUCAAUUUGUUGUACCAUGGGAGGAACGCUAUAUCCUUUUACUAUGGCUUUCCCACUUGAUGCUCGCGCCAUUCCCGCUAGCUUCAAUGUCCGCUCUGCAAUCUUCUCGGGAAACUUCGACUGCGCUUGGGAUCAAUCUCCCUCCUGAGGCCCCAGGGGUCACUCUUCGUGUCCUCUCUAUUUGUACCAAAGGUCUUGAGUCCGCUACGAAAGAGCGCAGCGCCGCUGCCAACCUUCUGGUUCGGCUCAGUGUCCGCCCUGACAUGCAAAAGCUUGGCCUUCUAGACACGCUCGUCAAAUGGUCGUUGUCAUUCUUCUCCAAUGUCUCUGGCGAUCCUCCAGAUAUUCACAAAUGUCUUGGCGUGCUGUCAUUCCUCUCUGGCUUAGUUACUUCGGCCACCAACGAGGAAAUCGGUCCUUUCCUUCCCGCAAUAUAUAAAUCAUGCCAAAGCAUUAUCAACCAAUCCACUUUGGAAUAUGUCAGAUCCUCUGCCGUUGCACGGAAGUUGGUUGUAAAGACCUUACGAAAUAUCACUGUCCACUGUCUCCAACCCAUCACUACUCUAAAUGAUCUUGACACCACUACCGUCCUGGAAGAAGUGAUCGAAUUUCUUCUCGACUCCCUUGGCGACGGCGAUACGCCAGUGAGAUAUGCAGCAAGCAAAGCGCUUAGCGUCAUUACCAUGAAGCUAGGGGCUGAAAUGGCUAGUGAGGUUGUGGAAGCGAUUCUCGGCUCUUUGAAUGAGAGUGUGUAUUGGCAAGGCACAAAGAGGAACCUCAGUGGCGUCAAUCCGCUCAGGUGGCAUGGGCUCACCCUCACAUUAUCUCAUCUAUUAUAUCGGAGAGCUCUCUCAACCACCCAGCUGCCCGAUAUCCUUAACGCGUUGCUUCUAGCCCUUGCAUUUGAGCAGCGUUCAACCACAGGGGGAUCACUGGGAACGAAUGUUCGAGAUGCGGCAUGUUUUGGAAUAUGGGCAUUAUCGCGACGCUACUUGACGCAGGAUUUAUUGGCUGUCGAUACAUCCUCAAUCCGAGCCUCUCAUCAACGACAUGAGGGCUUGUCUGUUCCUCAGGUGCUCGCCAUCGAGCUUCUAGUCGUCGCAUGUCUCGAUCCAUCUGGCAAUAUCCGAAGAGGCUCUUCCGCUGCUCUACAAGAACUCAUCGGGAGGCAUCCAAACACUGUGGAAGAAGGCAUUUCGCUCGUGCAGAUAGUAGAUUUUCACGCCGUUGGUCUACGGGAAAGAGCCAUGUGCGAAGUUGCUGUCAAGGCUGCUCAGUUGCGUCACAUGUAUUGGGAAGCACUGUUUGAGAAUAUGCUCGAAUGGAGUGGGACUGGCUCCCUAGAUGCCCCAUCUCGUCUCUCCGCAGCAUCAGCAGUUGGUCUGCUAUCAAAGGGCCAAUCUGCACCAAAUAUUCGGCGCAUGGCAGACUAUGUUUGUGCCAAACUAAAGGCACUAAAGGCAAGAGAGAUUGAAGAGCGUCAUGGCCUUCUCAUGUCGCUUUUUGCGCUUGUCACCCAGGUGCAUUUACAAAAUUGUAAGGCAGACAACGCCUCUAAUCGGAUCGACCUAACAAACCUCUGGCACUUGUUUGGUGAUACCCUAAAAUUAGACGAGAAGUCAUUCACAUCUCCAGCUCUCCGUCCGGAGUUUACUGCAUCGGCUAUCUGCAACCUUCUCGGAGCACUGGCGACAAUGACGCAACACGAAGUAAAGAAGUCUCGUCCAUUAUCGAUACCCAUAGAGGAUAUCGUACGUCUUCUGAACCUAUGCUUUAAUCGUUACGAAGAAUCCGUCCUCCAAGCCAUCCCAGAUAGUGCGCGAGGAGUCUUGAAGUUGCUUUCUACAACAUCUCCCACUGCGACUAAAGAAACCAUAUGUAGCUGGUUGUCCCAACUGGAAAGCGAAGCGUCGUACAAUGGCCUUCGAUGCUCGGGUUACGCGAUUGCUCUUGGAGCUGCUUAUCCACUUCUAGUAGGUAGUUCCUUAGCAGACGGCAUGAGUAGUGCUGUGACAGAACAACAAGUUCGUAUUGUCAAAGUUCUUACCUUUCGAUGUACAACUGCAGUUGGCCUUCACGCUCGGACUCCAGCUUUACGAGCUUUAGAAGUGCUCCUUAAGCAUUUAUCAGAGGAUACCGCUUCGCCCCCAUUGGACCAGGACAUAAAGAAUCAGAUCGCGAAUGCGUUGCACAUGGCGCUAAACGACUACACUGUCACCGAACGAGGCGACAUUGGAUCUCUCGUCCGCCUCGAGGCUCUCAGUUUGACAGGAACUGCCUGGAGUACCGGGCUUCUUGGCCGUUCAAACCUAGAGGAGAAGCUACAUGCAGACGUACUCCGACUCUCUUUAGAGAAGCUCGACAAAGUCCGCACUCGAGCCGCCCACGUACUCGAACAAGGGAACCACGAGCACUUAGAGAAGGCAAUCCAAAGAGUCACCGAGGGUGUCUCUUCAUACCUCUACUUUUCGACCGCGUUAAAGAUCCUCCAACCCUCAACUUCGUCCACUAUCAAGGAAGCUGUGCUUCUUGGCUUCGUCAGUUCUGCAGGCAUGGGGUCGGAGUCUGUAGUUCAAAAUUCGAGAGCUGCGCUGUUGGAUGCUCUUGAUGUUCUACCUACAGCAAAUGAAGCCACGACGGAUGAGAGUGGAAGGAAUAAGGAAUUCAGCUUAAUAAGUGUUGCAAGCUGUCUGAUUGACCUGCUGAAGCAAAGCUUAGAAACAGAAAGAGUUCUCAUUCCUCUACUCGAAGUCAUAGUGUUCCUCUUCGACAUGCAAGUUAUGCACCGCCUGAUUCCCACCUCGUUCAACUUCCGCACCCUCCUAUCGCUUACUCAAAAAGCCCAUUUCAAAUCCACACACAUGCACAAACUGCAUCUUGCGCUGGACAUCUAUCGCGGCUUAGGUACUAUCCCAGCCACAAGGAAAGAUACGACUCUAAAAGUGACGAGCAUGCUUUUGCAUCCAUUUCCUAAAAUCCGCAUCGCCGCUGCAGAAACACUAUGGAUGUUGACACGAGAAGACGGAUUAAAGAGGCACGACUGGAGUCAACCAACCAGAAGUCUAAAACACAUUGUCGACAGCAUCAAAACCGGAGUAGCGUAG